UAAUCAACUUUUUGUUAAGAAAUAUAAUGUUAUUUUAAAUUGAUGUGUUAUUUUAUAACAACGGAUUUCUUAUUUAAUGAGAUAAAAACGUCAUCUUUCUUACUACUAGAAAUUUCUGCAGAAUAAUCAUUAAAGUGGAGCACAAUAGUGCAACAAUCGCGAAAUAAUGUUUAAAAAAAAGUGAUUCAAUAACUCUUAGUAUUUUCAAAUUAUUUCGAAUUAUUUAGAGAUUACGCAUUCAUACGUAGACAGCAUGUUGCAGCUGAAGGUAAAGGGUAAAAUAUAAUUAAAAAAUAUUAAAAUACAGUUUCCUUUCUUGUUAUGGUUUCAAAAACAUUCACCUCGCUGCAUGAAUACGGAUCGUGGCAACACGACAUACAUCUCAACACUUUUAUUACAUCCAAUACUAAGCCAUCCCAGUAUGAUCGAAUAAUAAUUAUUACUGGGCUCUCCCUUACACCUACACCGUUAAUAUACGUAUAACAUCCCCUAACGAUAACGAUUCCGAACUAAUUGCUUCUCCUAUAUUACAUUUCAUGUCGUUAUGUUAAAUAUUAGUACGGAUCAAAACACAGAAAUACAUGCACAAAGUUAAAACCAAUAAAACGCAAAUGCGUUUUCCCAUCAUAUUCUCGAUAUUAAAUACAGUUGAAUUUAAUCCUUUGCAGAUCCUAUAUCAAAGUGAAUUCAAUAUGAUGGUUUACAACAAUCUUUACCACACCCUUUUUUUCAAAUGUGUUGCAUACGUUGGCGCAAGAGUUAGAUUUCCGUUUUUAUAUAUGUUUAUCAAAUACACAAAUAUCCUACAAAUACAAUAUGUUAUAUCGAUAAAGUUUGGAGAGAGAGAGGAAAAAGAGGGAGAAAAAAAGAAUUUAAUUCCAGUUCUAAAUAAACACUUACAACAAAGCGCAAGGAAAGUCGUAAUGUUUUGAAAGGGCAAUGUACUAGAGCCCGUUAUGUCAGACAAUUCUAUCAACUAUCGGCAAGUCGAUUCCAUGGUUUUUACGCUCGCGAUCGUGGAAAGCGCGAGAUCACUCAUGCGAUACGCACGGCAUAGAUAAUAUCGUGCCGUCCGAUCGAUAGUUUAGCUUAACGGUGAAGCGCAAUCGAUCAGUUGCCAUUAUUGACGAGCUUGAUCGACGAAAUCUAGCGUGACUUCCUUGAUGACGAAAAGAUGCAUUUACGUAAGACGAUAUUGAAUGACACAAUCACCGAUUCUUUCUAAUUUUUUCAUCAAUAGAUCAAUAGAUUGAUCGAUCAACAAUCGGUUUAAAAUCUUGGACAAGCCUUUGUACAGUUCUUUUCUUUGGUGACGAUUGCUGCGGAAGAUGUUGCGAAAUUAGUGAGGCACAAGCCAAAUUGUUCGUUUAAGUGAUUGGCCGCUGCAACAACUUGCAAGAUCAAUAUAUAUAUAUACGAAAACAUGCAAUGCCUACUGCUUCUGUUAGAAAGAUUUUAUCUGAGAAGGUAGGAGUGAUAUAUAAAAGAUUCAGCGAGAUAGAUUGAACGAGCAAGGAAUCAUUGAAAGCGCCGAGAUUAAAGUAAUCUCCUGCGAGAUGUAUUGGAAACUGUUUGUGUCACUGCUUCCGCACCUGUUCAUUUGCGACACCUUGGCCAGAUUUGUUAUUUACGAAAAUGUCGAGGAUGAUGUUGCCGCUGUUGGUUCGCUCAUUCGUGAGGUACGUCAACCGGCGCCAUUAAAAAUCGCUGGGGAAUUGAGGGAUCUAAUGAGCGCCAGUAACGCACCGAAGUCACAAGAUGAUAAAAAACGCAUGAAAAAUGCUUCUGGCAAAUCAGACGAGGGUGGUUACUACAGAACCUACGGGAGCGAUGCGGAGGGUGAGAAGGGUUACUUGAAGGAAACCUACGGUAAAGGUGAUCACGGCUACAAGACUCUUGACACCUUCCACAAACAGGAUGGCGACAAAUACGAGUUUGAGACGCAAACCACUUACGGCAAGGCUAAUGAUGAUCACAAGAAACAUCAUAAUGAAAAAAAGAAUCAAGACCACGAAGGCGCAGGUACUAUGAUUGAUACGGAUUAUGCCGGUGACGCGAGUGGUGACGAUGAGGGAAGCGAAUAUUCGCACUAUACCGAAGGCGGCGACGAUGGAGAUCAUUAUAGUAGCCAUUACACGGAGAAAGAACCAGAAUCUUACAGUCACAGCGAAAAUUAUUCUUCUGGAGAUGGUGACGACGGAUCUUACGAAACGCAUAGCUCUUACAGCUCUGACGGAGACGAGGAAGAGGGAGAUCAUUAUUAAAUUUAACAGUGUUUAUCACAUGAACGUUUAGUCUAAAUUGCAGCAUUUUCUUUUCAAUUUUAACCACAAUUGGUUAUAAUAAAUAUUAAUAUUUUAUUGCAAAACAUGCGCAUUAUUACUGAAAUUAUAAAAAAUAAUAGUGUAUAUUCUCUCUCUCUCUCUCUCUCUCGCAUAUGCAUAGAUUUUUCAUGAAAAUAAUGUGGCUUGCGCUUAUGCAUACGCACACACAUACACUUUCUGUUACGUUACGAGCGAUUAAUGCUCAUUUUGCAUCAGUAAAUUUGUAAUAUAAAUCGAUUGUAAUAAUAAUUUAUGCUUAAUAGCCAAUAAAGGAUCAUUGUCGAUAC